CUCACUGCAUAAAUCCCGGGCGAAGAAGAGCCGCGUUUCCUCUUUAGUAGCGUUUCCAAAGUUUGCUAAUGUUACCUCGUCGUGGGUGUUUGAUUCCCGAGUCAACGGUCGAUUAUAACGCUCUAGUGGACAAUUGUUCCAAUGCCAAGUGACAGCUGACUGAAGACGUCAGAAGCCCUCUGAGAAGGACGACGCCUGCGCAGUCAGAAGAGAAAAUCGCGCCGCCUGAGCACCGCAGGGCCGGGCGGACGCCGACUCACAAUCGAACCCCGACGUCAACUUGCUCGCUUUUUCAACGACCUCCGUGGCAAGAUGGACACUUUACACCGCAGCGAAAACGAUUCUCCGCUCCUGCUGCCGUCACUCCGUCUCUUCAUCCCGCCUCUGCGCCUGGUGUCGGCCGCCAUGUGGCAGGUGGUGCAGCGCGGCGACGUGCGGGACUACGGCACGGUGGAGGAGUUCGUCAGCGCCAUCACGGACAUUUUACCCCAGCUCUUGAAUGCCGACCAGAAGGCUCAGCUGCUGCUGGGUCUCCGGGCGCGGGUGGUUCUGGAAUUGUGUCGAUCCGAGGCGAUCCCGGAGAGGGAAACCAUCGACAUGCACUUGAGCCGAAUCGGGGGCCUCGUCUCGACGUGGGCAGCUCAGCCGUGCUUUGCCGAGGUCCAAUUCCCCGAAUCCAACUUUGUGGAUCAGAUCGAGCUGCUCCUGAAAGACCCCGACGAGAGGGACAGGUUCUUCCAGGUUUGUUUGGGUCGCUGCCACAAUAUCAGACAGAGAAGAAACGACUUUGUGGCCAUCCCGUUUCAGGAUGUUUUCCCUACCGACUUUGGACCCGAAUAUGACAGCGCUCUUCAGGUUCUCAUGCUGGACUUUCUCUCCAGGCUGGAGAAGCUUCUUCCAGUGCCGGACAUCCAGCAGACGGCCGCCAUGCUGAGCGCCGCCCCGGGCGCCCUGGAUGAGUGCGUCCACUCGGUCCCCGACCUGCCUCACUUGAAGGCGGCGCUCCUGCAACACGCUGCGCUCGAACAUUUUGAACUGACUGACGACUCUCAGACCAUCCCGUCCUCCUUCGGGAACUGCAUCCUGUCCUCACUGGCCCUCCCGCAGUUGGAGAAGGUGGUCAUAGAUGGCGACCACAUCCAGCUGCAGCCGCCCGCCGAGCAGAUGGCAGGCUGCGUCACCGUGCAGGUGGAGGGCCAGACGGUCACGCUCUUGGACUACAUUCACAUUGAGCAGACGCCCGACUUGAUGGAGCCUGCCCCUCAAGAAGACAACGAGGAAGAACGGGAGGAAGCGGACGACGACGAUUCGUUGAAGCCGGCGGCGUUCCGGCCACUCAAGCAAAGCAAACGUCUGCAGCUGAAGAGGAAAGCCACCGGGCCGGAAAAAGACGACGACGACUCCUCGGAGGCGGCCAAGCGUCAGAGGAAGAAGCACCCGAGCGACAAGACGUGUCCCAUGUGCGACAAGAGCUUCCUGCGCGCCGCCGCCAUGCGGCGACACCAGGAGACUCACUCGGAGAACCGCAAGCUCAAGUACAAGUGCGCCCACUGCGACAAGCGCUUCCGCGACCAGUACGACAUGAACCGGCACAACAUGCGCGUCCACGAGAGGGACGACGAAGACGACGACGCCAACGCGGACGACGAAGUGGGUGAGAACGAGGCUCUGGAGAUGUCGGACAACAAAAACUGCACCCUAUGUGGGAAGUUCUUUGCGUGGCAGAUGGACAUGGAGCGCCACAUGAUGUCGCACUCGGAGGAUCGGCCGUACAAGUGCUCUUUCUGCGAGAAGAGGUUCAAGAACCCUUACGUCCUCAAAAGACACCAGAAGGAGUUCUGCAAGAGCAAAGAGCUCAAGAGGCCUGCGGCGAAGAGGCGCGAAGAGCAGAGCCCCGAUCCCCGGCUGGCACCCCCCGUCGAGGGAAAAACGUGCCCCGUCUGUAGCCGGACUCUGCCGAUCAGCGCCGACAUGGCCAAGCACCUGCGGUCUCACACGGAGGAGCGCCCCUUCAUCUGCGUCAGCUGUGAUAAGGGCUUCAAGUACCGCGACACGCUCAAGAAGCACCAGAUCAUCCUCGGCCACGAGGGCGUUCGUGAGGAGGCCAGCAAGAGCGUGGAGCAGAUCCUGGCCGAAGCUGAGAAGAACCCGGGAGAGGCUGGCGGUACCUCUGAGGAGCCCGCCCAGCCGGCCACCCGUCAACGGACUCGCGGCAAAACCCUCAAAGCGUGCCCCGUGUGCGCGAGGUCCUUCGACAACGUCAAGACGCUGAAUCGCCACAUCCAGAGCCACACGGAGGAGCGGCCCUUCCACUGCGUGCACUGCAAAAAGCGUUUCAAGCACUUGCACGGCCUCAAACGCCACCAGAUCUACGCCAUCUGCCACCCCAAGACAGCCCGCCUCUCCUGGAAGAAGGAGGCUCGGGCUGGGCCCAGCCACGGCGACGGGCAGCAAGCCGCGCCGCUGCUCCAGGUACCCGUGUGGUGCUCCAACUGCGGCAAGCAUUUCGAGUUCCUGUCGGCACUCAAGGAGCACCAGGAUGUCUGCAAGGCGGACCUGCGCGACGCCUUGAAAUGUGACGCCUGCGACAAGAAGUUCAAGAGCGUCACCAUGCUCAAGGUGCACCAGAGGAUCCACGACCCGCUCUACUGCAAGGAGUGCGGCAAGAUCCUGGCCAACGCCGCCGCCUUUGAGAGGCACAAGCUGAUGCACCGGCCCAUGGCGUGCACCAUGUGCGACAAGAGCUUCACGCUGAUGCGCCGCCUGCGAGAGCAUUACGAGCGGCAACACGCUUUCACCGGGCCGUACCCGUGCUCGCAGUGCGACAAGAGCUUUGUGCAGCUCUCCUACCUGGCCGUCCACCAGCGCAUCCACAAGGGCGAGUUCCCCUUCGCCUGCGACACGUGCCCGGAGAGGUUCCGCUCGUCCAACUGCCUGACGGUGCACCAGCGCAAGCACACGGGGGAGAGGCCCUUCCUGUGCUGGCAGUGCGGCAAGCGCUACCGCUCGGCGUCGGAGCUCACCGUGCACAUGGGCACGCACUCGGAGGAGCGGCCCUGGGUGUGCACGCAGUGCCAGGCGGCCUUCCGCACCAAGCCGCAGCUCACCAACCACGUGGAGCAGGUGCACAUCGGCGUGCGCUACCCGUGCGCCACCUGCGGCAAGCAGUUCAUGAAGGAGGCGUCGCUCAAGCGCCACGAGCUCAUCCACACGGGCGAGCGGCCGUACCAGUGCACCGUGUGCGGCAAGACCUUCCUCACCGCCAACGAGCUGCGGCUGCACAACCGCUACCACACGGGCGAGCGGCCGUACAAGUGCGAACUGUGCGGCAAGGCCUUCAUCCAGUCGGGCUACCUCAAGUCGCACAUGCGCAUCCACACGGGCGAGAAACCCUUCCAGUGCGACGUGUGCCACAAGAGCUUCCGGCUGUCCUUCCACAGGAAGAAGCACCAGCGCACGCACGCCAGCAAGGUCAAGAGCUACGCCUGCGAGCAGUGCGGCACUGCCUUCCUGCACAAGAAGGCGCUGUGGGAGCAUGCCGUCACGCACCAGGUCAAGCUGGAGCAAAGCUUCACGCAGGUCAGGAUAGAGUUCCAGUGACGGAAUACGCGCCCGCUGUCACUUUCUUCUCAGGCUCCAUGCCUUCCUUACGUCUCUUUGUGGCCUGGGCUUCCGUAGCUUUCGCAAAUAAAUCGCACCUGCGCUGAGUUCUUGCUUCGGUCUUUUUCAAGCUGUAAUAUUUUGAAUAAACAAACCAA